GAGUGCCGCCGGCGGCGGCGGAGGUGCACGUCGCGGAGGCCUGGCCUGCGAGAGGCGGCGAGUCACCGGUGCUGUGCGGAGCGAAGUGGCGCACCGCCCGCCUACCGAGCCGACGCCGGCGAUCGCCUGGCGCCGUGCGCCAUGAAGUCGAACUCAAACUGGGAUGCGGCUGCCGCGCCGCUGGAGCCAAACUCUGCGACAACAGCACGGCGGCAGCACCCACCGAUGUCCGCCGGCGGUGGCGGCACCCGUCUCCUGCGUUACGCCAGCAGUGAGCCCGACCGGCCGGACUGCGAGUCCGAGCCCGAGCAACACUCCAGCGUCUCCGAGCGACACGGCAGCGGGGAGUCCGACUCCUGCGGUCGCGCGGGCGGCGACGCCGACCUCGAGGGCCGCUCCAGUCCGGAGGCGUGCGGCGGAGACUCGCCGGCCGCCGACGAUCGCCGCCGCCGCGACUCGCCGCCGCCAACGGGCGCGCGCCUGCCGCCUGACGGCCAUGAGUUCCCGCCGAACUUCAGCGAGUCGCCGCUGGGCGGCACCACCACCGCGGCGACACCGCCUCCGUCCGACGAUCCGGACCUGCUGCUGCAGCCGCCUUCCGGCUUCAGCGACGGCUCGGCCGCGUCCGAGGACCAGGAGGCCGCAGCGAACCCUGGGCCGGGUCCGGAGACCCGUGGCCGGUACCAGAGGUCCGAGUCGCUGAACGCCGUGAGCGACGACAGCAGGCAGAUCGUGACGGCGGGGGCGGCGGUGGCCAGACGAGCUGAUGACAGGCAGCGCCAGAGCGUGGACGAUCUUCUGAAGGCGACGGCCGGGGUGAGAGCGAGCGCCUUAGCAAAGGGCUCUCGAGGGAAGGUCAGCGUUAAGGACAAGAUCGCGUUGUUCUCCAGUCAGUCUGUUGAGCAGCUGGCGCCGCCGCAUCCGAAACUGCACAAGCACAAGAGCUUAGACUAUGACUUGGAGCUGCGCAGUGCGUCAGGAUCGCAGGCUCGGUCAAAAUCAGACCUACGACUGCCCGUUAAAGAGACUGGAAAAAAUAGCGUCGGUGAAAAUGCAUCAAGGCGAAAGAAUAUAUCUGAACCACGUGGGAGCAGGUUCGGCAGUAUGGUAAACAUGCACCUUGCGGAAAGAAAAGCUCAUGACACUCCACGCACCAGUGAUGUGCGAUUGACCAGCAACAAAGACAGGGCCAAUGAUGAACGAAAGGCCCGCGUGGAUCGCAGGUCCAGUGAUGAGAAAGGUCCAGAGGAGCUGCGUGUCAAGUCGCCACCUCUGGACACCUCUUCACAUGUGGACGGAUCCCAGGACCUGCCAACGCCGCACUCAGAGUCUCUAAGCGGCCUCUCGGGACAGUCGAGCCCUCGAGAGGCCUCGCCGGGUCCACUGUCAGAACGGUCGCAAAGCCUCUUUGAUCUGAUGCAUCCUGAGAAAAGGCACAGCUUUGCAGGUCUUCACGAGCGGGGAUAUAGCUACUCUAGCCAUGCAUGCGACUUGUCCAGGAAGGUUUCGCUCAAUUCCAUUUCAGAAGAGAGAAGACGCAGCCUGUCCAGACUCCGUGGCCUGGUGAUCCCGGAUAAGGUGGAUGGCUUCAUGAAGAAGGGUCCUGUCGAUCUGCCUACCAUCAAGAGCAAAAAUCUCUCGGGACUGAGCUCAUCUAGCUUCCGGGCCUCGACUACCAGUUGUUCAAGCCCUCGGAUAAAGCAGCCGAUAGCUUCUAGGCCGGAGAGAACCGACUCGCGUCGACUGACCUCCCCACCCUGGAAGGGUGAAUCGCCCAACAUCCAGAAAUACUCACCGGCCUUCAAGCGCAAGAACAUCUCAGUCCACUCCUCGCACGGUGCGUCCGCCUCCGCCUUCCACCUGGUCUCCUGCUCCUCCAAGAUGGGCGGCUCGUCGGUCGAGCUGUCGCGGCCGUCUCGUCGCGACCAGGCGGCGCCGGCUGAGCGGCGGGCCUGCAGCUCGCCGCGCCGCAAGGCGUCCGACGACGUGGUCGCCGACCUGCGCGACCGGCUGGAGCCGGCCGACGCCGACCUGGAUGGCUCGACACUGACGCUCGUGGACGAACCCGAAGCCGAGCUGGAGCUGGCGGCGCGCGACCGCGCCGGCAGUGUCGACUAUGACCACCGCGCUAGCACGUCCACGCUGCACGACUCACCCGUUAAGGAUCUGGACGUGGAGGAGGAGCUGCUGCGGGCCGCCGACGCGCACAGAGCGGAACGGAAGAGCAGCGACGCGCUGGAGGAGCCCCAGUCGGGCAGGAAGAGCAGCGGCCCGCUGGGCAGAAGAGUUAGCGACUUUGCCCUGCAGGCGAACCGACCGGAAGGGAAGAGCAGUGAUUCCGCGCCAGAGGUGAAGCGACCGGAGAGACAGGACAGUGACUUUGUGAUGGAAUCACGCCCUGCUGAGAGGAGGAGCAGUGACCCCGCGCGGGGCGCGCAGCGGCUCGAGAGGAAGAGCAGUGACUCCGCGCGAGAUGCGCAGCGGCUCGAGAGGAAGAGCGGUGACCCCGCGCAGGAGCUGCACCAGACUGAGAGAAAGGGCAUCGACUCCAUAUUGGAGCCGCGCUCGGCCGAGAGGAAAGACAGCGACUCGUCGCCGGAGGCUCGCUUGCCGGUGUGCAACGACCCAGCGCCGAGGGCGGCACCCUCCGGCGGCGAGAGGCUGGCCAAGGCGUCCGGCUCGCCGCCACGAAUCCUGGACGACGGCGCCUGGCGGAAGCACGGCGUGGCCGGCGGGCGGCGCGGCCCGGCACAGUCCUGCGGCGAGACGCGCGACCUGGCCAAGCUGCGCCAGGUCACAAAGGCCAGCGUGAAGUCGUUGAAGCAAAAGUGGCAGCAGCUGAGCGACGUGUCGGACACGACGCCGACAGGCCUGUCGCCACGCACGUCCCCGAGCCGGUCCGACCCGGCCGGUGACCCGCCGACGUCGCCCUCGCCGUCGCCCUCGCCCUCGCCGUCGUCCGGGUCGCGGGACGGCCUGGACAGCGGCUGGCCCACGAUCGAGAAGGAGCGCGCCGGCUUUGACCGCAAGCUGAGUACGCCAAGCUACAGCACGGCCGAGCUGAAGCUGCGCGAGCGUAAGGACUCGGUGCCGACGCGGCCGCACAGCUGGGUGGAGAGCGAGCGCGAGGCGCGCGGUUUCGAGCUGGGUGGCUACCUGGAGCGCGGCAGCGCCACCUCCAGCCAGGAGAACAUCAUGGACGCGCUGGACGGUACCAAGUCGCCCAGCGGCUCUACCAGCAGUCUGCUGGAGAUGCUCACGGCCAACCUGAAGCAGACGGCCCGCUCUCGUCACGUGCUGAGUGUCAGCGACCUGCGGCGGGCGUUCGAGCGCUGGGACGGCCGGCCGCACGGCGCGCCGGCCAGCUCUGGCCACGCGCGCAUGUCCUCGCUGGACUCGACCUUCAGCGAGGACGGGCCGGGCCUGCUGCUGUCGGGCGGCGGGUCCAUGGCGUCACCGACCUCCACCCGCGACCACUACGGCAGCAUCACGUCCCUGGCGUCCUCUACCAGCCUCAUCUCGCCGCACGAGCUGCAACAGCUAAUCGAGGAAGCCAACCAGAGCCUGGAGGAGGCCGGCACACCCUCCCACGAAAUCAUCGUGGCCGUGGUGCACCGCGAGAUGAUGGGUGGCAGCAUCGGCGUCACACUGGCCGGCGGCGCCGACUACGAGAACAAGGAGAUAUCGGUCAACAAAGUCAUCACGGGGUCGGUGGCGGACCGCGACGGAAGGAUCAAGAAGGGUGAUCGAGUCAUCUCCAUCAACGGCCGGUCAUCCAAGGGCAUGUCCCACCGUGAGGCGCUCAACACACUCAAGGCGCCGCGCUCCGAAGUGGUGCUGGUGCUGUCGCGCUCGAGGUCAGUGACCCCGCACGACCCGACCUCGGACGAGGGCGGCUACCAGCGGCCCUCCAUCAGCAGCAUCAGCAGCCGACCGCCCAAGAUCCUCGAAAGUCCGAUGGAUAACAAGAGCCUCGCCUCGGAGCUGGAGGCGGAGGACGGCUCGCGGGGCCCGCCGAUCGUCAUCACGCUGCAGAAGGAGGGCGCCGGGCUGGGCUUCAGCCUGCAGGGCGGCCGAGACUCUCCGCUCGGCGACCGGCCGCUGGUCGCCAAGAAAAUCUUCACAGGUGGUGCCGCCGACAAGAGCGGCCUGCUGCAAGUGCGUGACCAGAUCCUGGCCAUCAACGACCAGGACAUCACGCACAUGGCGCGCAUCGAGGCCUGGACGCUGCUCAAGAAGCAGCCGGACGGCUUGGUGCGCCUCACCAUCCGCAAAUGGCUGACGCCAGGCCAGUCGCCCGCCGGCGGCGCGCCGUCCGCGCCGGUUUCCGUGGUGUGA